GGUUUCGGACUUAUUUGUUUUCACUGGGCGGCGUAAAAGUGAUGAGUGAAAAAAUCUGUAAUGCCAAGAACUUUGUUUUAAUUCUGGUGAAGGUUUAAUAAAAUUUUAUAAAACCUUGCUCCAAGUUUAUUACACCUUAAUAAAAAUAUAGUAUUACAAAAGUGGCGAAGUUAGAAAUUUUUAAGUUUAAAAACUCUGCCCACGCAGUGCAAUCCUCAAUAGUGCAAUUAAAUAUACAAUAAGUGCUAAUCAUGAGGCAGAUAAAUGUAUCAGUUAUAGGUCUUUCGGGGACCGAGAAGGAUAGAGGCCAAGUCGGUGUUGGAAAAUCAUGCCUAUGCAAUAGGUUUAUUCGUCCAAUGGCCGAUGAUUACUUUAUUGAUCACAUAUCAGUGUUGAGUCAGAGUGACUUCAGUGGACGAAUCGUCAAUAAUGACCAUUUCUUAUAUUGGGGAGAUGUACGAAAAACUACUGAAGAUGGUGUCGAAUAUAAUUUUCAAAUAAUUGAACAGACUGAAUUCAUGGAUGAUUCAACAUUUCAACCAUUUAAGGUUGGUAAAAUGGAACCAUACCACAAACGUUGUAUUGCCUCGAAGGUGUUUUCAGCUGAAAAGCUGAUGUAUAUAUGUAAAAACCAGUUGGGUAUUGAGAAAGAGUAUGAACAGAAAGUUAUGCCUGAAGGCCGACUUAGUAUAGAUGGUUUCAUCGUAGUUUUUGAUGUUAGUCCCGUGCCAAAUAGGCCGGUUGAAAAACAAGUGGAUUUUGUUCAUAAUGUCAUAACGAAUAUUUUUAAAAAUAAGAAGCCGGUAGUGCUUGUCACCACCAAAAAUGAUGAUUCUAAUGAUCUUUAUAUACGAGAAGCUGAAAAAAUAUGCCAGCGUAAAGAAUACAAGGGCUUAGUUCAGCUCGUCGAAACAUCAUCACAUGAAUCCAUAAAUAUAGAUUUAGCAUUUAUACUUCUUGCUCAAACCAUAGAUAAAAUAAAAAGUCGAAUAAAAAUUACUUCUUAUUAUGAGGCCGCAAAAUCACGUAAAGAACUCUUGGACACACGUUCCGAAGCUGUGACGCGUCUAAUACGUAACCAGAUUAUUGAUUAUCAUGUGCUUUGGUCGCAAGGUGCCAAAAUCUUAGCGCAGUAUAGAGAAUGGACGGAAUUCUUGAACAUUUUUGGUGUAGAAGCAGGACAAAAGUUAUUCAGACGUCAUAUGAAAAAGCUGCGUGAUGAUCAUUUAAAUAAAAAACUGAAUCAAUACAUUGAUAAGUUUGCCAAUGCUUUGGAAUAUCUAUUGCCUGACAUAAGCAUAUUAGGCAAUGUAGAUGAAAAUAUAUGGGUAAAUGCGAAGGGCAUUUUGCGAAGCCACAUCGACUUUGAAAGGUAUUUUUUUGAAUGCCCACAAGCUUCAUGGACUGAAUUAGUUGAUAUGGAAGAAGCUGAGGAUGAAACUCGAAUCCCAUUUGAUGUAUUGGAUACACCGGAAGCCGAAACCAUAUUUAGAAACUAUGUCAAUGCGGUGCAACAAGAUAAAAAGAAAAUAAGCUGGAAGCAUCAGUUUAAACUACUGUUGGAGGAGUCUGGCUUUGUUACUCCUGGUAAGCAGUUAUCAGAGGUUCGUGUGCUUUUUAUGGGCCGCGAAUGUUUCGAAGCAUUGUCGGAACAUGAUUGCCAACAAAUUUAUGAUAUUCACCAAGAUGAGAUAAUUGAGAAGAGUAAACAAAACUUCAUUGAAUUACUAUUAGAGAAUGCUCAAUUUUUCCAACAGUUCAAAAAUGUUGAUAUCAUUACUCAAGAAGACGUUCGUGCUAUAACCGAUCUUAUACAGGAGGAUUCCAGAUAUAAGAUCUUAGAUAGACUAGAUCAGGAGAGGCGAGUUUUACUCUUCCAACAUUUGGGCUUUAUACACUGCCCCAUACGCGAGCAUUGUCCAUUCUUCCACAAUUGUGUCGAUAGUUUAGUAGAUGAAUGCUUAGUGGACAAAUCGCCAAAUCAAAAGAAUUCUAGCAACUGGAAGUCCACUGGCUCAGAUAGAACUUUAAACUUAUUAAUAGUUGGCUCAGAGCACUUAGCAAGUGAUUUGCUCAAUGAUAUACGCAUGUGCACAGGAUCAAAGGGAGAAUAUGUUUAUGAAAACCAAACAUAUUACUUAAAUUAUCGCAUCGCCAAUGGGGAUAUGGAAGCAUUUAAGUCAAUUGAUGUCCAUUCGAGUGGCUUAAUUUGUGUCUACUCAAAUCAGCAAUCGUUUGAAACGCUUAAGGAUAAUCUAGAGCGCACAUUGUUGUGUAAUUUGGAAUUAGAGGACAAAUUUGAAAAUUUACCCAUCGUGUUGGUGUAUCAACCUCAAGAUUUGAAAGAAAGUGAAGUUGAGUACCUGGGUAAUGAAGGUUUACGAUUGUCUGAAAUGCUACACUGCGAUUUUAUUGAUCAUCAACAAAAUCAGCAAAAAUAUGUUUACGAUAUUCUCAAUAUUGUUAUACUCUCAUUGAGACUUUCCGAAAUGAAAAAUAUUGAUUCAUAUUCUUCGAAUCAUAUUGAUCUUCGAAUACUCGUAUGCAUGUUUUGUGGGGACCAGUAUGAUAUUGAAAACAUUAUUAACCCACUAUUAGCCGAAUCAACAAAUUGUAAAUCUUCUGAACAUUCCAUUGUGGUAGAUGUAUUCAUAGGAGAUUCAAAGAAACGAAUUGAAUUUAUCUUAUCAUCUUAUCAUGGUAUCAACCAAUAUCGCGAAGAGCUAAUUCAUGGAUAUAUUUACUUUUAUUCUGGUAAACGUCGAUCAUCAUUGGCCAAUUUAAGUGUUUUAACUGUGCAAAACUCCAAUAUCCCGUUACAAAUAAUCGCUAUAACUGAAAGCGGAGGUGCAAACGCAUUCUUCAAUAGUGAAAUAUGUCAAUUUUUAAUAACAGAAGGAAAUUCUUUAGCUGAUAGGUGCAAAGGCAAUUUUAUGACAUUCUCUGCCGACCAGUAUGUUAAAUUUGCUUUUUAUACUCCCUUUUUGAAAAAUGUUUGGGAAAAUAAAUAUGAAGUUGAAAAUCUACAUGUAGAAGAAUCAAUAACGUUGGAUUCUGGAGAGGGCACUUUGGAAAAUUCAGUGAAUCAGUUGCCACGACCACCACCACGACAUGAAAGCUAUAUGUUGUCCAGCACUAUGGGUACGGAUGGCUCGGGUAGUGAGAAUUAUGAAAUGCUACCAACACGAUCGCUAAAUUCGCUCAAUGAGGAAAGGGAUAUCUCUUUAGAUGAAAUUUACGACGACAACGAAAAGCCGAAACACCAUCACCAAAGGUUUCAGAUUUUCCCACCUCCAACAACUCCUCCAGAGCCAGCUCCACCUGAUCAUCAACUCAUAACGUGUACAUAUAAGAGUCAAUUCGUAUCGGCUUCCGAGUCUAGUUUGGAAGAAAUAACAUCUGAUGUAAGUGGAUCAAAGGAUUCAUUGGCCACACAUGAAGCAGAAUGGAUGGAUGAUAAAAAUGAACCACGUAGAAAUUUAAAUAAAAAUUCCAUUUGGAAUAACUUUAGCGGCUCCACACACGCUUACACAACCGGUCGUCGCCACAUUGAUUCCAAUUUAAAUAAGAUUCGUCCAAAAGGUCCCAGUCAAACAUUAAAACAACCCGGUAAAUUAAAUAUGAAAAAUUUUCAAUUAGUUAGUGAAGCAGUUGCUAAAAUGAACUUUGGUGGUGAUUCUUUUCUACCCACAUCGGAUGCUGACAAAUGCUCUAAACGUUAUACGCACUUUAAUCACACUCAACUGGAUUGUGAAGAAGAUGAUUCUGAGGAGCUGGCUGAAUACGAGCAGAUUUAUGAAAACGAGGAUUGCACCGAGUCGGAUAGCUGCGCUAGUUCAACUGAACGCAAGGUGCGCCAACAAAAUAGCUCAUAUUACAAACUCAAUAAAAAACCACCAACCAACAAAAAAACUAAAAAAAAGAAAAUUGCCAUACCCGUACAAACACCGAGAGUACCGCUUUUCGGGUCCUACGUUAGCCCACCAGAAAUUCCACAACAUUAUCACCGAGCUGCGCCUGAUGCUAAAAAACCGGGUGAACAAUGCACAAAUGACAUUGUGAAGAAUGACAAAUCACCAGAUCAGUAUUCCAUGGUUCCUGAAAGUAUCAAUUUGUUUGGCACAGAUAAUUUAACAGAAUUUAAUGUUAAUCCAAAAGCUCUAAAGGAGUUUGAAAAAACAGAGAAACGUCGUUUGAAGGAAGAUAAUGCCAGACUCAGAAAACUGCAAGAAAAGGAGAAAGAACAAGAAAAGAAACAUAAACGAAAAUUAAAACAAGCUUCCAAAGGUUUAGCAGACAAUACCGAAUCUCAUUUUGGAAAAUUAUUAAUCUCAGAUAAGGAUGAAAUUCCAACCUUCCUCAUAAGAUGUGUAGAAUUUAUUGAAAAAGAAGGUCUAGAUUCUGAAGGCAUUUAUAGAGUUCCAGGAAGUAGAGCUCAUGUGGAUUUGCUCUUUCAAAAAUUCGAAGAAGAUCCUCAUACCAUUAUUGAUGUGCUUGAUAUUCCAGUAAACGCAGUAGCAACUGCGUUAAAAGACUUCUUUUCAAAGCGUCUGCCUCCUUUAUUUAGCAAAGAUAUUAUUAAGGAACUAGAAGAUAUUGCAGGCUCACGAGGCAUUGGCACAUCCAAAGUAAAUGUAGAAGUUAAAACGGACAGAAGUUGCCGAUUGAUAUUAUUGAAGACUUUAUUGCAGAAAUUACCGCCCAUGAAUUUUUUGAUUCUGAAGUACAUUUUUGAGCACUUCGUACAUGUAUCGGAGAAUUCCAAACUAAAUAGCAUGGAUAGUAAGAAUUUGGCAAUUUGUUGGUGGCCAACACUGAUUCCUAUUGAUUUUACUGAUAUGAGCCAUUUUGAACAAUUGCGGCCAUAUUUAGAAGAUAUUGUGCAGACGAUGAUCGAUCAGUUUCCCUAUUUGUUUUGCGGAAAAGAUGCUUUUGUUAUGGUUUAAAUACUCGUAUAUUCUAUAUUCCAACGUAAAAGCUUCAUCUAUUUAGAUGUUAUUAUGUGGAUGAAUAUAAAAGAAACUGUGUUUUAAUGGCUUUGUUGUGUGAAGUGAUGUUUAAUUAAGAACAUUCGAAUAUGCGUCUAAAAUAAUAAUUUAUAUUAUGUGUUAAAUUAUAUUUAAGCUAUAAAUGUUUUAAAUGUCUUGUAUGUAUGUUUAACGAGUUGUGUAGUGAUAUCUAUGCCAUGUGUAUGUAUGCUUAUAUAAUAUAUAUAUUUUUUAAAUUUGGGUGUAUUAUUGUAGGUGUUGUUCUUAUAAAUUGAGCUAAACAGUAACAAAAAACAAAAAGAAACUUUAUCAAUGGAACACUUUUGAAAAGAACUAAACAUAUGAAUGAAAAAAGGAGAAUGCAUUCAUAUACAUACCUACAUAUAUUAAAAAUAGUGAAAAGUAAUGAUAAAGGAAAGAUUUGUAUAAAUGUGUGUCUAUUUCAUGAUAUACCUUAUAAAAUUAUGCAUUCGUAAUCAACGCGAUUUGGUGUAAUUAUAUUUUUUAAAAUUAUGAUAUUUACGAGAAUCCAUACGGGUUCUCGUCAUAAUCAAAAUGCACAAACAGUAUAAAAAUAAAUAAAAUAAUUCCAAACAGAA